CACACAUGCCUUGUGCGGCUGGUGAGCUGUGCCAACUGCCAGACCAGACGCCAGUAGCCCCUCACGGCCACCAAUGUCACGGAGGGUGUGGCGGCAGACUGCACGGACUGUGUGGGGAACAAGACUAGGAUGCGGAGUACGAAACCGCCCGCAUCUGCUUUGCAUGCAUUGCCUUCAAGCAAAAGAGUACUAAUGCAUCGACAGCUGGAAAGGGCAAGCGCAAAGGGUCAGCCACGGAGAGCGGAGACACGGCAAGACAACAAAAAACGAAACCAGCCAACCACCCGGACAUGACUGGUUCGCGCACGCGGAUGGACAUCGGCACCAAGAUGGAGAUCCUCCGUCUGCUGGACACGGGCACGCGGACGCAGAAGUCGAUCGCAGAGCAGUUCAACUGAGGGGAGCGCACGGUGCGUACCGUCAAGGCCAAGCGGGCGAAGAUAGAGAAUCAGGCCGCCAAAACUCGCAGCAGCGCCACCACCAGGAAGAACAUUCGGGCGGGGGAUUUCCCAGAGGAGAGCUCGGACGACGAAGCAAGCGAGGAACCCUCAAGUCAUAUGGCACCUCCGCCGUACGCGGCACUUUCGUCGCACUUCGGGGCUCUGGAGACGGCACCGGAGGGGAGCGGCAACCGUGACGCCGCUUUCCAUCUACAGAAGGCCGAAAUGGCAAUGAUCGCAGCGCAUGGUUCGAAGGCAGCGAGGCAGACAGACAUGAGGCAAUUGGGGGGAGGCGCUACCAUAAUGUCGUUUGGGGUCGCCAGCAAGACGUUUUUUUCGGCGGCGGUCUCUACCACUGAUGGCGAGAAGAAGAGGCUCGAGGGCUUAACCGCAAGCGACAGGUGGGCCAAGAACUUCGUUGCGCGGAACGGCAUGGCGAGCACCGUUCUGCACGGCCAAGCGGGCAGUGUCGAUGACGAGACCAUCGCAGAAGGCGUCGAGAAGAUCCGCGAGGCGUGCAAGGAUUAG